GAGAACUAUGAGAACUGUGCCAGAAGAAUUCAGGCUUACUGGAGAUGUUUUAGGGACAGAAGGCUCUUCAGACUCAUGAUGAACACUGUACGCUCAGCUGAACAGUGUCUGGCAUCAGCAGUUCUGCGUCAGCUCAGUCCCAGAGAAGCUGAAUUGCUGAAAGACCCCAGUCUGAAGUGCAAGAUCAGAUUCAGGUUUGCAGGUCCUCAGUUUCCACCUUCACUUGUCUUCAAGAUUGUCCACAUUGGAGGAGGAGGACACUAUAUGUCUGGCAAAAAAGUCUUUUCUCCCUCCAAUCAGGCCACAGCAGACACCUGCAGAAUGAUGGGAAACAGAGCAUUUAUGGAUCUAAUGUCAGUGGAUGAGUUUCAUGGAGCUGCCGUUGAUCCACAAGAUGUGAUUUGCAUGAGAGACUAUAUGAAGUAUUCCAGCCACCUGGAUGAGCUUCCAGCAUGUGUAGGAGGAAGGGAAAACAGAUGGAGGUUCCUGUCUCUGAAGGUGCUGUCCCGGGACGUCAUGCUCAAAGAGGGUGUGAAGCCAGGAACCAGAGGCAUGUUGAAGACUGUAUUGCCAUUUAGACAUCUAGCCCGCUCUCAUUGUGCUGGACAGCAGAUCUCACACAGAGGUUCCCGGGUCUCUUCACGACAAUCUGCCCGUGCUCAAAACACUGCGGCUCGUAAGAGACACCUCUACGGCCUGAGCGAGGCUGAAAGAAUAUUAGAUGAAGCAAAGCAUGUUAACACCCAUGACAUGAAGAAACAGAAUGAGAUGACUGAGAAACUGGACAUCAAGAUAGUUCUGCCAUCAGUUGAGACAGAAGAUUACAACUCAUCUGAGUCUGAAUGGGAGGAAGAGGCUGAGAAACUGUGCAACUGGUCAAAACAGCUGAACAUAGAUGCUUUAGAAACACCUGCAUUCAAUUAGACUAAGAAAUAAGAUUUUACACCAGGAGAUGUACUGAUUUAGGUUUGAUUUUCAGUAAAUUCUACAACCUAGUGCAUUAUUCUGAGAUGCUUUAAUUGAAAAUUUAUGUUAACUGUGCAUCUAAUUUCCAGACUCUCAUCUUCUUAGGAACAUGCACAUCCGUCAAUAAUCUGUUCAUAUUUUUAUCUGUUCAUAUUAGUGUCAUAUUCGUAAGUCUUUCUGCUUUUCUGUCUCCAUUUUUAUCUAUUUGCAUGCAUGCAUGCACACCUGUAUGUAUGCAUGAUCAGAAAACUACUAAACAUGAAACAAAAAUCCUCAUGCAAGGAAAUUUUAUUUUCACUAAAUAUGUGAUCAAACUAAAAAAGCUAGUUUUUCAGUUGUGAUCAUGUAUUACUGUGAUGUUCAUGUAUAAAAUUUGUGAGUUUAA